CGUCCUUCUCGCUGCAGAUGAACCGGACGACCCCGGACCAGCAGCGGGUGCCAGCCUCUGAGCCCGUGUGGGAGCGGCCCUGGUCGGUGGAAGAGAUCCGCAAGAGCAGCCAAAGCUGGUCGCUGGCGGCCGACGCGGGCCUACUACAGUUUCUCCAGGAAUUCUCACAGCAGACUAUCUCUAGGACCCAUGAAAUCAAGAAGCAAGUGGACGGAUUAAUUCGGGAAACUAAAGCCACGGAUUGUCGUCUCCAUAAUGUCUUCAAUGACUUCCUUAUGUUGUCUAAUACCCAGUUCAUUGAGAACCGUGUAUAUGAUGAAGAAGUGGAGGAGCCAGUACUCAAGGCUGAGACAGAAAAGGCCGAACAGGAGAAGACCCGAGAACAAAAAGAAGUAGAUCUGAUUCCUAAAGUCCAGGAGGCUGUGAACUAUGGUUUACAAGUAUUAGACAGUGCAUUUGAGCAACUAGAUAUAAAAGCAGGAAACUCAGACUCUGAAGAAGAAGAUGCUAAUGAGCGGUUGGAACUGAUCCUUGAACCAAAGGAUCUGUACAUUGAUCGUCCUUUACCUUAUUUAAUUGGGUCAGAGCUCUUCAUGGAGCAGGAGGACGUAGGUCUCGGAGAACUGUCUAGUGAAGAAGGUUCGGUAGGCAGCGGUCAUGGUAGUAUUGCAGACAGUGAAGAAGAGAACGAAGAGGAGGAGUCAGAUGAAGAUUUUGCCAAUCGUAGUGACAAUGAUCAAAACCGGCACACUGCACAAAUGAGCGAUGAGGAAGAGGAUGACGAUGGUUGUGACAUUUUUGCUGACUCUGAGAAGGAGGAGGAAGAUGUUGAGGACAUUGAAGAAAAUACUAGACCUAAAAGAAGUAGACCUACAUCAUUUGCUGAUGAGCUGGCAGCUCGUAUCAAAGGGGAUGCUGCAAGCCGGAUGGAAGAGGAGCAAACAACAUUAUCCCCAGGAGAAGUGAAACCUCGAAAGACAUUUAAAGAGAAGAAGGAAAGGAGACCGCCUUCAGACGAUGAAGAUAACUUAUUCGCACCCCCCGAGCUGACCAAUGAAGACUUCUCGCCAUUUGGUUCUAGAGGAGGCCUGUUCAGUGGAGGGAAGGGACUUUUUGAUGAUGAGGAUGAGGAGAGUGACCUCUUCACGGAAGCCCCUCAGCGUCGGGAAGCUCGAGCCUCUGUUAAUGGAGUGUCUUCAUCUUCCAAACCUGGAAAGAAAAUCCCAGCAGGAGCUGUUUCUGUAUUUUUAGGAGAUGCUGAUGUGUUUGGUGCUACCCCUGCUCCAUCACUGAAGGAACCCCAGAAGCCUGAUCAGCCUACUCCAGGGAAGAGCCCAUACAUCCCAGCGCCUGCUGGUCUCUUCGAUGACGAUGAUGACGACGAUGACUUUUUUGUGGCAUCCCACAGCAAACCUCCCAAGACAGACAAAGUCAAAUCCACUGCCAAUAUCUUUGAUGAUGAGGAAAGAGAUCUGUUCAAAGAAAAAGCAGCGACUUUGCCGGAAGCUACUGUCAAUCAGACAGAUGAAAAUAAAGAAAGAGCAGAAAAAAAGGUUACCCUACCUUCCAGCAAAAAUCUGAAGCCCUUGUCAGAUAAAAAGACUCAAAAAGGUUUAUUUUCGGAUGAGGAGGACUCUGAGGAUUUGUUUUCUUCUCAAAACGUGAGUAAGCCAAAAGAUGCAUCUCUCCAGCCUAGCAAACUCCCCACGUCACUUUCACUUUUCGAUGAUGAAGAUGAAGAGGAUAAUCUUUUUGGGGCUACAGCUGCUAAGAAGCAGACAUCAUCUCUACUGACUCAGAGCCAAGAGAAAGCAAAACCCUCUCAGCCGUCCAAAAAGAAAGCCUCUACGUUGUUGUUCAGCAGUGAUGAGGAGGACCAGUGGGAUAUUACUGAUUCACAGACCAACUCAGCAUCUGACAGGAGGUCUAAAGGAGAACUUAGGGACUCUGGGACCACCCAGGACCAGGACGCCAAGGCUGUGAAAAAGACCAGCCUCUUUGAGGAGGACGAUGAAGAUGAUCUGUUUGCUAUUGCCAAGGACAGCCAAAAGAAGACCCAGAGAGUGUCACUCCUCUUUGAAGAUGAUGUUGAUAGUGGAAGCUCUCUCUUUGGCUCUCCUCCCACGUCUGUUCCUCCUGCAACAACGAAAAAAGAGACCGUCCCUGAGGUACCACCUUUGCUGUUCAGCGAUGAAGAAGAGAAGGAGGCACAAUUUGGAGUGAAACCUGUGGAUAAGAAGGUUGAGAGUGCCAAAGAACCAUCAGAAUUUGGGAGAACUCAUGUGGUUGAGAAGUCAGAAAAGGAAGGACCUCUGACCAUAUCUACUCAGGAAGCUGUCAAGCAUUCUGAUUUAUCUUCUUCAUCAUCCCCAUUGGAUAAAGGAACCAAAAGUAGAACCAAAACUGUUCUUAGCUUAUUUGAUGAGGAAGAGGAUAAAACAGAAGAUCAAAGCAGCAGUCAAGCUCCAAAGAAAGAAAUAGGAAAGAGUCCUGAUGCUGAUACCCACCCCAAGAGCACAGGUGUCUUUCAGGAUGAAGAGCUCCUUUUUAGUCAUAAGCUCCAGAAGGACAAUGACCCAGAUGUUGACCUUUUCUCCAGCACCAAAAAAACCAGGUUGUUAGAGCCGAGUGUUGGGAGCCUGUUUGGGGAUGAUGAAGAAGAUGAUCUUUUCAGCUCUGCCAAGUCACAGCCUUUGAUACCAGAAAAGAAGAGGGUAGUGAAAAAAGAUCACUCGGUUGCUGCUUUCAAGAACCAGAAACAUCCUGAAUCCACUCAGAGUAUCAAAGAAAAGAGCAUAUGGAAAUCGGAAACACCUCAGGACUCACCAGGUCCCGCUCCAUUUAAAACCAAAGAGCCAUCCCCUCGGAUCUGGAAAAUACAAGCAAAUUUAGCGAUUAACCCAGCAGCGUUGCUGCCUGCAGUGACUCCCCAGAUCUCUGCAACGAAGCCUGUUUCACCAGAAUUGGCUUUUCCUUCAUCUGAACCAGGGAGGAUCCAGGGUCUGGAAAGUAUGCCCACCCUUCCUGGGAGUGGGGAGGCCGGCGUGAGUUUUGAUCUUCCAGCUCAGGCAGACACCUUACACAGUGCAAACAAGAGCCGGGUCAAAGUGAGAGGGAAGCGCAGACCACAGACCCGCGCGGCUCGGCGCUUGGCUGCCCAGGAGUCCAGUGAAACUGAGGAUAUGAGUGUCCCCAGAGGAUCCAUUGCACAAUUGGCUGAUGGCUUCAUUUCACCAGAUGGCUGUCAGCCAGAGCCCAGGGCAGCUAGUGGAGGAGACCGUUCUGAGGCGGUCAUAGCAGGUGCCAUGCCAACUUGGGCAGGUGGUCCUGUGCCUUUUGUGAAAUCUCUGGGUCAGCCUCCUGAGGAUGACCUUUUUGAUUCUGGAGAUAUAUUUUCAAAGGGCACUGGAUCUCAGUCGACGGGGCGAAGAAAAGCCAAGGCGAAGGCAGCAGAGAGCCCGGCCAACCUGCCAGGCGGAAUUAAAGAAAAGAGCGCCAUGUUUCCUGCUCUUGGUGAGGCAGGCAGUGAUGAUGAUCUCUUUCAGUCUGUUAAACCAAAACCAGUGAAGAAAACAAAUCCCUUCCCUCUCCUGGAAGAUGAGGAUGAUCUCUUUACAGAUCAGAAAAGCAAGAAGAAGGAGUCAAAAUCCAACAGUCAGCAGGAUGUCCUCUCGAAAGCACAAGAUAUUUUUGAGGAUGAUAUAUUUGCUACAGAAGCAAUUAAACCCUUACAAAAAGCAAAAGAGAAGGAGAGAACAUUUGAGUCCAACUUGUUUGAUGAUAACAUUGACAUCUUUGCUGACCUAACUGUAAAACCAAAAGAAAAGUCCAAAAAGAAAGUGGAAGCUAAGUCUAUAUUUGAUGAUGAUAUGGAUGAUAUCUUCUCCUCUGGUAUCCAAGCUAAGACAACCAAACCAAAAAGUCGAUCUUCACAGGCAGCGCCUGAACCAAGAUCUGAACAGAAGGUGUCCAACAUAUUCGAUGAUCCCUUGAACGCCCUUGGAGGCCAGUAGAGUGUACAGGGUAUCACAUCUCACCCUUCAGCUACAUCCUUGAGUUAAUGAUGCUGUCUUAUGUGCUCCAUGUCUUAACUGAAUUUAUAAAAAGCAAAUAAUGAAACAGCUAGCUUACCUCUUACUCAAUGUACUUAGUAUUUUUCUGCACUGGUUUUAAUUAUGCUUAAUACUGCAAAACAAAAAUAAAUGUUUUACAGUGUUGUGUUUUUUCUU